UGUUUCUUCAUUAAUUUUCCAGAAAAAGAUUUAAGUCUCCAAUACACAGCAGAAAUUGUGCUGGAUUAAAGAUAUUUGAGAGAGGAGGAAACCUGUUACAAUCUGAAGACUAUUUACGAACAGAAGAUGGUUCAGUUCCGCUAUUGUGACGAGUGAUUACACAACGCAUGUUAUAGCACUGCGUUUGGGGACCUUGACGCCGGAAUAAGCCGAAGUGUGAGGUUGGCCGAUAUGCACUUUUCUACCAAACUGUUUGUAUCUCUUGUCCUACCGGCUGCCAUCACUAUCAUCGUAAGUUUUUUAUGGCUGAAAAAGAAGAACAAGGAGGCAGAAGAACUUGAGCAGCUUGAAGAAAAACCAGAUGUAAACAGUGAGGGAAAGGAGAAAAUCAUCCCAGGCAAACACAAAGGUGCCUCGAGCGAGAACAGCGAAGUUAGUGAGUUCAAUGUAGACACGGAAGCUUCAGACUUGCACCAUUUCCGGCUGGAAAAACAGCCAAGCACAACAGAAAGCACACAACAAGAUUACGGGGUAGAAACGAAGCCGUCGACGAGUUCGGAACUCAAAGAAUCGUCGGGCGGAGAAGAAUCAGCUAGCGAGGGAAGUGUCGAUAGUGGCACUCUUUUGAGUUUCACUGAAGGUUUCAAUAAUGGCACUCCACCUCUCGGCGAAGAGAAUGCAAGAUCCCGAAAAAGCUCAGACAACAGCAACAAAGACGUGUGGGAGAUUGAAUUCCCCCAGAUUUUGUGCGGAAGAUUGAUAGGACGGAAAGGCAAAAACGUUCGAGUGAUCUCCGAGAAAUCUGGAGCGAAAAUUCGAUUGAUUCCUCAGUCGCCAGGCGAAGUUUCAACGCAUCGAAUCAUCUCAGUUACAGGAAACGCCACACAGAUUCAAAGUGCGCUAGAUUCUAUUCAUGAAAAGUUUCCCUGUGUACCCCUGACAAGGCUCAACUCUGCUGUAAACGGUACAGCAAACGCUGUACACGUUCAGCCCAUGGUGACCGCUGCCAUGCCCGUACAGGCCUUACCUUUCGUUCAAGCUAUGCUUCCGAGCGUUGCUAACUUCGAUGUGGUGGUGACGAGCGUAGCGGAUGCUGGUCACUUUUUCGUGCAGUUGCAUAACGACUUCAUGCAAAGGCAGCUUCAAGACCUUCACCAGAACAUGUUGCAAUGCUACGGACAAGGGACAGCGCCAUUGAUUCUUCCUCUUCCACAACCAAUUGUGGUGGGCUCGUGCUGUGCGGCGCCGGCAUACACCUAUAAUGGCUGGUACAGGGCACAAGUUCUUGGGCCAACUGGUAAUCCUGACGAAGUAGAGGUUAAAUAUUUGGAUUAUGGAGGAUAUGGAAGGAUUGCUGCGUCGAGUCUCCGACAAUUAAGGGCUGAUUUUCUGACGCUGCCUUUUCAAGCUAUCGAAUGCUACCUUGCUAACGUGAUCCCACUUCAAGGAGACACGUUUUCAAGCGUGGCCGGUGCGGUUUUGGAGGAUUUAACAAUGAAUGCUGUGUUAACUGCCCGCGUUGUUGGUCACAGAAGCGGUUUGCCAUGCUUGGAACUGUACCUUGUGCAAGGACAGCAGACAAUCCUGAUAAACCGAGAGCUGGUAAGCCGGGGCUUAGCUCGGUGGGCGGAAACUUGAGGAACAGGGCACAAUGAGCUACGCGACAUUACCUUAUCCAUCGGUUGGAGCUGUUAACUGCUUGUUGGGCAUAAUCAGUAAUUGUCUCCGAUGAAUACCGUGGGGAACCAGCAGUUUUAUUUGGUUGGAAUAUUUGGAAUUUUGAUAUGGUAUGAAUGGGAGAAUGUGAAAUAAAUGAAUGGAAAAUUGGGAACGGAGUUAAGAAGCUCAUGGAAAAAAUUGAGUUACGAAAGAAACUACUUCGAUAUCGCCUGAAAAUAUCUUCGGUAGAUGGCGUAAAUUUAUUGUACAGUGUAGAGGUGUAUAAUAUUGUUAAUAUGCCUUAUUUACCUUCAAAAUGAAGGAGUUUUUACUACUUGACAAAGUCGUUGCUUUAUGAGUUCUUUCGUACCGAAAGGCUACCUGUACAAACGGUAGGUUAUUUUUGGAGAUUUCCAGAGAUGGCCACACGCCUAAAAUAUGUAUUUUGCCUCACAAUGUCAUUCGUUCUCUCGAUUUUCCAUUUUAAAAUUGAAUUAUAUACGAUUUAUUUUAUGAAAUUCACUUAUUAUUAACGCCUUGAUAAAAAUAUCUACACGCACGAUAUAAUCAGUAGAGUAUUUUAUUAGAGAAAAAUGGCAGUGAUAUUUUAGCCAAAGUAAAUUAUAUUUACGGUAUUAAUAGAAUUACACGUAAGCUAUAGUUAUAUUAAUAUAUUAAAAUAAAUGGGUAAUGUUUUAUUUAGGCCAGUCCAAGUACUGCUUCUAUUAACAGAUGGGAAGUCUGCUCGACUUAAAAAUUUUAAUUACAAACGACCAACCUGCGAACAGUCAAGGUUGUGGUUCAUUGAAAAUGUUAAGAUUUCUGUAAUUACCACAUGAAAAUCUUUAAAGCUUUAUCAAAAUUUAGGAACAUUUUUUUAAUUGUUUGCUUUUCCAUUUAUUAGGACUAGAGAUCUAAUAUUUGUGAUAUCUUUGAACGUCAUAGCUUCGCGGCCAAUUUCCGCCAAUCAUAAUUCAGUCAUGUUGCAUUUUUAACAGCCCUUGUAAGUUUUAUUGCUGGUUUCCAAUCCAACAGUGAUCUCAAAAGCUGCACUGAAAAGGCUCCUAAUUCGAGUAAUGAAUGACCUUGAAAACCAGGUCAUCCAAAGUAGAACUGUCAGAAAUAGAGACUUUCCCUUACACGACCUUUUUAAAGAGUUGCGUAAUAAAGAAUAUCGAACGUUAUUAUCGAAUAAGAAUUUUUUUGGAAACUUUUUGCUGUGAAGGUGAAUAUUACAGUAGCACAGUCAGAAGGAAUCAAGUCAGUCCACCUGUAACGUGGAACCUUGAAAUCAAUUUAAAAGCUACUCGCAUAUCUACUGAGUUUUCAGUAACCGUGGAGUCAUCAUUUCUUUUGUUAAACAAAAGUCUGAGAAAUUUUUUUAGUUCAAAUGAACACGUUUUUUUAAUCACCGAGGAUUUAAAAAGCAAUUUAAGAGCCAUUUUUUUGAAAAUCAAAAUGGAAUAAAAUUUAACAAAGCUCAGAAGCCGCACCCUUUAGGUGGGUGUACACUCUGGUAAACACAAUUAAACUAAGUCACUUUUUCAAUCACCAAGGAUUUAAAAGCAAUUUAAAAGCCAAUUUUUUUUAAAAUCAAAAUGGAAUAACAUUUUACAAAGCUUAAAAGCCGCACCCUUUAGGUGGGUGUACACUCUGGUAAACACAAUUAAAUUAAAUCAUUACCAAAAUUAUCGUGUAAGAUAAAAAAUGUUCGAAAAACUUCAAGUAAGUGAAAAACAAUGCUUUUAAAUUUGUCACAUAAGCGUGAUACUCUUUUCAUUGAAGGAGAGCUGGUGUAGUCACUAGCAUUAAAGGCUCACUACUUUAGGAGGAUUUAAGAAAUCAAGCUUUGAGGAAAUAUCAUGUAAAAUGAGCUUUCAACAGAUUGAGUUGUAUGCGAUAAAUAAUUCUCUUUCUUUUUUCGAUUUCUAGAUGUUUUUCCAAAGGUUGCCUGAUUAUUAAGAGUUUACCUUGCAAAAUUGUUAAUCUUUAGAAUAACUUGCGUUUGCCACGGUUAUAGCUGUCACUCAAAGUUGCCCUCCGAUAAGUAAAGAUUUUGGAAAGAUUGCUACCUAGCAGCGACUGAAGACAUAUGCACAGAAACGGGAUUCUAAAAAGAAUUUGUCUCGCUCUUUUUAUUUUUCAAUACGAUUUGUUUUUAAUUUGUUUGUUUGUUUAUUUUUUUUUCCACUUCAGUUUGUAUAUCAUCACACCACUUUUUCUACGGUACGAUAGUCAGCGAGUCGAUCACCGAAUUAUUAUAAAUUCGUUCUCUAUGAUUUUCGCUUGAGCACUCUCUUGCCAUCAUUUGUAUUUAUCUACUCACAAACAUAAUUUUUGUUGACACUCGUUACUUCUUGUGUACUCGUGCAUUAUUUUCUCGAGUGUUAUUUUGACUCGUGUGCAUCGCUGUCUUUGACUCCUGUUCAAUAAUUUGGACUUGUGUACUUUUUUCAACUCUCUUGUAAUCACAGUAUAUUCGACUCUUGAGUACCUUCAUUUGCUCUUGUGCAUCAUUUUCGAAUUGUGAUUACUUUCGUCAACUCCCCGGCUUGCGCUCUCUCGUUGGCUCUUGGGCACCCUCGUCGACCUGUCAUAUGCUCGUUUACGUUCUGGCAACACUUUUCUUUCUGUUGGUCGAUUCUGUUGUGCACCUUUAAUGGUAGUUGUGUGCUUUCGACAACCAUCAUUUACUCUAGUGGAUUCUAGUUCAUUCUGAAGAAUUGCAAUGAAACUUUCAAAGACUCCUAAAAUUUCCAAAAUGUCGUUUUAUCUAGUGUUUAAUAGAGCCUUUUCAAUACAAUCUGUUAGCAAGAUGGCGUAAUAAAAUAAUCAAAAAGGUCAUUGUAGUAUAGAAGAAAUUCACGAGACUCUAUAAGAAUGGAGGACGGUUGAAUAAAAACAAAAAAUGCUGCCGCUAUUUAUUAAUGCUUAAAUUAGUGAGAAUCCUUUUUCAAUUUUUCUGUUAUUGUUUGCUAUGAGACAUUUAUUUUUCCUUCAUGUUUUUAGUGCCUUAGUCGAGACAGAUCAUAAUUUUAAAACGUAAGUACUUUAGUGAAUCGCUGAAUAAAUGAAAGUAUUAAGAAUGAAGUGUAAACAAUAUUUUAAAGAACUUGUUAUUUAAGAAUAUUAAUUUAAAAUUAAUAAUUUAAUUAUAAAUAAAUGAUAAUUUAAAAUGUAAUGUGUUGUUAAACUGCAGGGAAGCUAAAAUAAAUAAAUGGUUGGAAGUGAGAA